AUGGAUACUUACAGGUACCAUGGUCACUCUAUGUCUGACCCAGGAAGCACUUACCGUACACGUGAUGAGAUCUCAAACAUGAGGCAGGUGCGAGAUCCAAUUGAUAGAGUGAGAAAGUUGAUCAUAUCUCAUGACAUAGCUACCGAGAAAGAGCUUAAGGACAUGGAGAAAGAAGUAGAUGCAGCGGUAGCUCAAGCCAAGGUGAGAUCCUACCUCUAA